AUGACGGCUUCCUUAGAAUCAACUGUGGUAUUCCUUGAGAAGUUAGCCUCUGACCCCUCUAGUAUAACCCCAAGUAUUCUAUCAGAGGGUCACCUCCGAAAAAGACUCCUCCUAGCGAUUCAGAAAAUCGUCCCCGAAUUAGAAACACCCGAGGAAGCUUGCCAACGGAUUCUAUACAAUGCUCUUGAAACCCCCACAGCUCGGAUUGCUGUAGAUCUCAACAUCUUCAAUAUCCUCAAGCAAUCGCCUAGGCCCUUAACAACGGAAGAGCUUGCUGAGAAGUCGGGUAAAAAUCCAGAUAGGAAAUUAUUGGCUCGCAUCUUAAGAUAUCUAGCUUCUCUGAGCAUGAUCCGUGAAGUUGAUAUUGGACUUUGGGCUGCAAGCCAUUUUGGCAAUAACCUAUCAGGAACCGGACAGAGCGCAGGGGUCGCAUCUAUGGUUGACAACUGCUUUGUUUCUAUGGUCAAUCUUCCCGCCUUUCUCCGGCUUCACGCAUAUAACCCUCCCGAUGCAAAAAGCGAUACAGCUUUCGCGCUUGGGAAUAGGGUGAGCCCCGAGGAACCUACCUUCUUCGACUGGUUAAAGACCCGCCCGGAAAAUGGCAAGCAUUUCAACGUCUUUAUGGGUUCCCACCGGACAGGCGUGAGGACAUGGCUCGAUCGCCCAGAGGUCAUAAACGAAAUCACCGACGCGUUCAAGAAAGUAACCUCCCGGAAAGGAAUUAGUGAAGAGAAAGGGGUAUCCUUCGUGGAUAUCGGCGGCGGUAUUGGUCAUCAAUGCAAGGCUUUCAAGAAGCGAGUACCAGAUCUCAAAGGGACAAUCAUCUUAGAGGAUCUAGAAGAGGUGGUAGCCAACGCGGAACUUGAACCUGGUAUUGAAAAACUGGGUGUUAACUUCCUCGAGGGCCAGCCCGUGAAGGGUGCGGCAUCGUAUUAUCUCAGAAGUGUUUUACGAAACUGGCCUGACAGAUACUCUCGGUCGAUCCUCAGUUACGUCCGAGAUGCUAUGGAUCAAGACUCUCUACUGCUCAUUGACGAGAUUAUACUGCCAGAUCGCGGUGCUCACAGAUACGAGACACAAUUAGACUUGACGAUGCUCGCAAUGCUCAACGCCGAAGCGAGGACCGAGACACACUGGAAGCAACUGCUGGCUGAAGUGGGCAUGGAAGUCAAAGAUGUCGUGUUCUACGAAGAAGAAACCAGAGAAGGUAUCGUCAUCGCUAAGAAAGUAGCAAGCUGAAGUAAGCGUUCACGGAG